AUGAUAAUAAUAAUUAAUAAUAAUAAUAAAAGGUUAGAGGAGUUUCAGGGUGAUUUAAUAGCCGGUAUAACAGUCGGUUUGACGGUAAUACCCCAAUCAAUUGCCUAUGCAUUUAUGGCUGGCGUACCAAAUGAGACCGGACUGUAUGCUGCCUUUAUGGGCAGUUUUGUGUACGUACUAUUCGGCACCUCGAAGGACAUCACGCUCGGCCCUUCGGCAGUUUCGGCCCUUUUGACCGCCUUCUUCGCCACUUCCCCCGUUUCGAAAGAUGGCAGUGUCGCUGUUAUGUUGGCGUUUUUCGUUGGGCUGGUUGAGAUAGGGAUGCAUUUGGUCAAUUUCGGUUACUUCAUGAAUUUCAUCUCCUUCCCGGUAAUCAAAGCUUUCUCCGUUGCUUCUGCCAUCACAAUUGCCUGUAGCCAAGUCAAGGUCGAACAUUAA